AUGUCCGACACUUCAACCUCUCCAUCAAGAGUAGGCACCCCCGUCAGCGUCGUCGGCGACGAAAUCCACACCGCUCGCCCAUAUAGAUUCACGUGGGAUCCUUCAACGCGUAAGCCAGGUCCGGAGAGUGUGUCGGGCACCACUGAAGGCCGUGGUGACUAUUUCCACACCCACAUACCGCCCUUGGGUUUCCUGAAUAUUUCUACGACGACUCUUGCCGUUGGAGCCCUGCCAGAGGAAUGGAGUAGUACGCGACAUGGUUUCCAUGCCAUUUCUACCGUCCUUAAUAAUCCACAUAAACGUCAGGCGCCUCCCAAGGCUCACUCACAUCUGCCUACUGUACCGCCUGCAGAUUUGCCUCGUGUCCGCCGGAAGGACUUUGAUUCGUACCUACGCGCCAUUGGCCCAGAAUGGGAACGGUUUGAGAAAAAUUCGCAACUGGGUAGAGAAGGACAAGCUCAGAUCCAAUCCAACCACUCGGCUACACUUCUCAGUGACGAUUUUCUAUCAACCCCUCGUCGGUCAUCCAUUUUGAUUCCAGUACAAGCACGGAAUAUACCUCCGCUAGAAUCUGUGCCGUCCGUCUUCUUUCAGUCAAACUUCAAUCUCAGUGACCCAGCCACAUUUAACACCGUAACGGAGCAAGACUCGUCACCACAAAAAGAAGACUCUUACGCCGACCCCUUCACUGUAGCUCGUUCCGGUCCUUUACUCGAAGGAUUCUCUCAUUACGCCGAUACAGUCGAACAACACCUCGUACGCGAGAUAUCCAUUCGCUCUACCUCAUUCUUUGCUGCCCUCACGAAUCUUCAAGAUCUCCAGUCUGAAUCUGAACAAUGCCUUGAUCGUAUCGGAAAGCUUCGUACUCUGCUCAAGGAUGUGGACAACAAUGCCGCAAAGCGUGGACUGGAAAUGGUGCGCACCGAGUGUAAGAUGAGCAAUCUGUGGAAAGUGUCGGAUGGAGUGCGGAUGGUUGGCAGUGUUGUGGAAAUGACGGGUGUCGCUAGGGGAUUGGUCAAUGCUGGACAAUGGGGUGAAGCCCUGGGCGUCAUCGAGGAAGUAGACAGGCUUUGGGAAAGCUCAAAUUCAGCGCCGGAACCACCUUCCAAGGGGAAACCUGAAUUGAUAAAUGGGAAUGGGCAUCUUAACGAGAAAUUAUCUCCGUUACCGCCCACACCCGAGGACGAUGAAGAAGGCUCAGAGGGACAGGAUGCGGAAACGGUUCAGCGACAGGUCCCGGAACUAGAAAAUACUCCAGCGAAGAGGCCCAUACCGCCUAUACCUUUGUCAUCUCUUCGAGCAUUCUCAGCCCUUCCAUCACACCUCCGCGCACUGACCAUGGAGAUUGCGGCAUCUUUGUCGAAUGAACUCGUUGCGAUCCUACGAAAUGACCUCGAAAGCCGGAUCAGUGGAAACAGGGGCCUGGAGGCUGACCAAGGGCUACGGGAUCGCUUGAAGCCGCUUUUGUUGAAUUUGACGAGAACCAAAGGCCUCAAAGAAGGUAUGCUAUCAUGGAGAGAAACUGUUCUGAGUGAAGUGAGUGGCUUAAUCAAGGAGCGAUUACCAGGGUUUGACUCGGUCGGAGAGGAUGGUGGUUCUUCCUCAAGCGAGGGGCAAGCAGGCCUAGCCAAUCACCUCCGGAGUAUGUCUCAACCGCAAUUUAUGGCCCUCCUCCAAACUAUCUAUAGAAGUCUCUUGAACGGCGUCGAGGGCCUCCAAGGGCAGGGAACAAUCAUUCUGGAACUCUCGGAGGCGAUCAAGUCACACUCUCAAAAAAGUUUUGUUAUCCCCUCAUUAGAGGAAGAUGUUGCGGACAUUAUUUCAUCGUUUGCUGAGCUGUCGAAUACACAAGCAGCCAAGGUCAUCACCUACCGUGCAGAACAACACGCAGCACUAGACCUUCCAGACUUCCUCACUUUCUUUAACGAUUCUUGGGCUUUCGUCGUAAAAUGUGAAGUAAUCUGCCGGCGGAUGAUCGUUGGCCUUCGGGGCACCGUCGUUGGCCAAGCCAAGCUGUUUCUUCAAGCCUUUCACCAAAUACGGAUAUCUCGGUCAGCGAAACUUGUUGAAGACGAAUUGUGGAACCCUACAGAGGUCACCUCGGAGUUGCAACACAUGGCAAACGUUCUCAUCGACUCAGCCGUGCGGGAUUCUCCUGAGCUCAUCAUUAAAUCGGAGGAAACUAUUUUCAGUCCUUUAUCAUCUCCCAAUUCCGAAGCCACGCCAACCACCGGGGUCUCAGGAUUUGCAAAAUCUUUUUCUGCUGCUCUCUCCCGUGUAUCGAGUAAUGGCGGUAGUCCGGCGUCGAAGCAUCUUCGCAUCGAAGAAAGGUCGUACUACGUUGUUUCUGCUACUGCGGAUGUGCUGGUCCUACUCCUGGAUUAUCUGAGAGUCAUUGUGAACCUCUCGAUGUUGACAACGGACGCCAUGAGUCGGGUGAUCGAGUUCUUAAAAUCUUUCAACUCAAGGACGUGUCAGGUUGUGCUGGGUGCUGGCGCAAUGCGGUCUGCGGGGUUGAAAAAUAUUACGGCUAAACAUCUUGCUCUGGCGUCACAAUCGCUAUCUGUGGUUUUCGAACUCAUUCCUUACGUCCGAGAAACAUUUCGAAGACACCUGAGUCAAAAACAAGCCGUCAUGCUUGUGGAGUUCGAUAAGCUCAAACGGGACUACCAAGAGCAUCAGAACGAAAUACAUGCUAAACUAAUUGCCAUUAUGGGUGACAGAUUGAAUGCCCAUAUCAAAACCCUGCAAGUGAGUCAGGAAGAGUACAACUCAUUUCGCUACAUAUUUCGCCCCAUCGACCCUGCUGAUCUCCUCUCCUGUUCUCAGGGUAUAGACUGGAAAACUGUAAGCGCGGAAGGCGCAGUCAAUGGUUACAUGGAGCUUCUGGUAAAGGAGACUGUGACCCUGCACAAGGUCCUCUCCAGAUAUUUGGCCCCUCCUAUUGUUGAGGUCUUCGCAGCAAUCAAUCACCGCUUGUCGGAAGAGUAUGGCAAGAUUGAGCUUCCGAAUCAACAGGCGAAGACACGGUUGCUUGCGGAUGCCAAAUACUUGCAUUCGAAACUUGCUGUGCUCAAGAAUGUGGGCGCUCCAACAGGAAUGCUAGAAACCGUUGUAUCAGAGAAAACCGUUCCUCGUCCAAACGUUCCAGCACCCGUACGAAGCAACACCAUGAGCGCAAAUCAACGGCUCAAGGGCCUGUUGUCCGGAAGGUCAUCUACGGUUGACAAGGCACUCCCCAACCCUACCCAAACCCCUGACCCUCCCCCAGAGAAGCCGAGAUCGUUAGGGCCGCUCUUAUCCGCUCAUAGUGUCUACGGCGGCACUGAACAUUCCAUGAGUGGCAGUAACCUCUCUCUCGUAAUGUCACCUCCUAUUGAAGAAGUAGCUGAACCUGUCAAGGCAGAGGUACAGCUUACUUCGGAAGAUUCAGCAUCGCAGCAACGGCAGAUGGCAGAUGUAGCCAGUGAUGGGGCUAAAGCCAGUUCACCAGCUGCAACGCCUCCGCCCAUUCAGGAAGAUCAAAUACCACAUCAAGCGGAGUGAUCACUUGCGUUCCGUGUACAUGUUGUGCUACGCAUCCCCGGGAUUUACCACUCUUGGAUCUGUCGAACAGGAACGCCUCCGGCUGAGCGCUACGGCAGACUGGCAGGGACUUCCCUGUUCCUAUCGAAUCCCCACGACUUCAGCUCGGUUUCGAGCCCGUGGUACUUCAGUUUGGAUGCAGAUGUCUUCACCCCCUUAGAGCUGUUGUUUUAUUGAUUGUGUUUCCUUAGAAAUUAUAUCAGGGUUCAUUGGGGCGGAAUUGUAUAUUU